GGGGAGGUUCUUCAUUUCCACUACGAGUUGGAGCGGUGCCGGCCUGUAACUCCGCACUUCAUCGCUCCACUCAGUUCCGUUCACUCGGCGACAUGGACAAGACAGGUGGAAGGGGCGACUUCGAAUGGGUCUAUGACGACCAACCACACACGGCGAGGAGGAAGGAGAUACUGGCCAAGUACCCAGAGAUCAAGUCCCUGAUGGGUCCGGACCCCCAGCUGAAGUGGGUGGUGUCAGGCAUGGUGCUGUCCCAACUCCUGGCCUGCUACCUGGUGCGGGAUCUCCCGUGGAAGUGGAUCUUGUUCUGGGCCUACGCCUUCGGCGGCUGCGUCAACCACUCUUUGACGCUGGCCAUCCAUGACAUUUCACACAACGUGGCCUUUGGCAACAAACUGGCCAAGUGGAACCGCUGGUUCGCCAUGUGGGCCAACCUCCCUAUCGGCGUGCCCUACUCGGCCUCGUUCAAGAAGUACCACAUCGACCACCACCGCUACCUGGGCGGGGACAAGCUGGACGUGGACAUUCCCACCGACUUUGAGGGCUGGUUCUUCUGCACUCCCACCAGGAAGUUAGUGUGGCUCUUCCUGCAGCCGUUCUUCUACUCGCUGCGUCCGCUGCUGGUCAAUCCCAAACCUGUUUGUAAGCUGGAGAUCCAGAACUUUGCCGUCCAGAUGGCAGCGGACGCCAUCAUCUAUUAUUUGUGGGGGCUCAAGCCGGUGGUUUAUCUUAUCGCCGGGUCCAUCUUGUGUUUGGGACUUCAUCCCAUCUCUGGACAUUUCAUCGCCGAGCACUACAUGUUCAUGAAGGGACACGAGACGUACUCGUAUUAUGGGUCGCUCAACUUGAUCACCUUCAAUGUUGGCUAUCACAUGGAGCACCAUGACUUCCCGAGCAUACCUGGAAGUAAGCUACCUCAGGUGAAGCAGAUCGCGGCCGAGUUUUACGACUCCCUUCCUCAGCACACGUCGUGGAUGCGGGUGUUGUGGGACUUUGUGUUCGACGACAGCAUCGGCCCGUACUCCCGAAUCAAGCGGGAGUACAAGUUGAACAAGCAGGAGUAGAGCAGAUGUUUCUCAACGUCUCCAGGAAGGAGGGUCACCGAUGUGAAUGUGACUGGUCGACACACCACAUUCCACGUGAUGUUCCUUCUCAACGCUGGAUGCUAUCUUCUUUAGUCUAUUCCGUUGCAGUCGAGCAUGUUAAAAAAAAAAAAAAAAAGAACAUUUCCUUCUUUCACAGUUUCCACUUGAAUGGAAAGGCCUGCCAUGCCAUUUGAGACUACAAGGAAUAUUAUUCAACAGUGCACAUUAAUUUUUUUUGUAAGGUCUACAGUUUCAUGUUGUUGUUUUUUCACCCAUUAUUACUGUUGUGUGGUUCCUUUUGCUGCCUCUUUUUCCAUAUUGUUUGGAAACAAUAGGAGUAUUUCAGGGUGGCAGAAAGCAAUAUGGCUCCCAGAUUUCAACUAAAAGUGGGAACAGAAAAAAAAUUGUUUGGGAUUAUGCUGCCAAUUAGCCUGUGGCUCAAAAUGUAUAAAACAACCCCACCCCUCCAAACCUAACCUAAUUGAGCCGAGCAGCAAAAUGGGAGUGGAAGUUACAAAUAGUUUUACAGGGAAGAUAACGACACUGUUUGACGUAGUUGGAACGACAUAGACAUUUUCUCAAAGGUAUGUAGAAAAUGUUCCCUUGUGUUGUCGAAGUAAUUUAUCAAAUCGAUAUCUGGCCUACGACUUCAGAUCAGCACUCCUGUGUGUUAUAAAAAAAAAAAUCAAUCAAAGCAAUAGAAAAAUCAUUAACUAGCUAGUCUCUUAAUGAUCACAUUAAUAAUUUAAUUAAAUAGAAAGGUGUGUUUAUUAAGUGGUGCCAUCUGAGCAACUGCCACCCAGAAGUACUACAUGCUUUCCACAGUAGGGAAAAGGUCUUCGGUGAUGCGUUCAAGGGCACAGUAGAAAAAUCAGCACUGAAACUCAAGCGCUUGACAAAAUAGCGCACUAGUGUCAUUUAGGCUUUUUUUUUUUUUUUAAGGCUCAACAAUGUUACUCUCUUUCCAUGUCGACGCUGAGCUUUACUCAACUCAUCAAGAAGUUCAGAAACUUGAGCGGUCGCCAGUGAAAGGCGUAAGUGUCGGAAGAAUGAGAAGAGUGAGAAGCUGAGUUCAGAGUCCCUAAACGUCAAAUGUAUUGUGUUUGCAAUCAAAACACUUUGGCUUGACCAGAUGCUGCUGCGGGCCUGCUGUAUACACUUACUUGGAAUGUGUGAUGUUUCUAUUUAAAUGUAUAAUAAACAAAUACAUGU